CAGCACGUAGAUCUCGUAGAAUCUCGCGUGGUUACAAACAAGACUCACAAAACGAUAACUUGAUGACAAACGUUUAAUUACGGAAAAUAAUGUUAAAACAUACAAUUUUACUACACAUGUAAUUAUUUAGUACAACCAAAUGUAUUAUAUGUAAUUUCUUGUCACCAUAUGUGAACCACAGGGUGGCACCACAGACUGGAAGACGAUUUGUUUUGCUCACCAUUUAACGAAGAAGACAUUAAAAAAUGGCGGAUAGGCUAACCCAGCUACAAGAUGCUGUCAAUUCGGUAUGGUAUGCUUGCAGAUCAGUUUUGUAACGCUAUUGGGGUCCUUCAACAGUGUGCUCCGCCUGCCUCCUUCAGUAACAUUCAAACGUCGAUAAACAACGAUCAGCCUGCAAACCAAACUGAAGAAUACGCUCAGCUGUUUGCUGCCCUGAUUGCCAGGACAGCCAAAGAUGUGGACGUGCUAAUUGACUCUUUGCCGAGCGAGGAGUCCACGGCAGCUCUGCAGGCGGCCAGCCUGCGGCAGCUGGAGGAGGAGAACCACGAGGCCGCGGCCCGUCUGAAGGAGGUGGUCACCCGUGGCGACAUGCUGCUGGAGAAGAUCCAGAGCGCCCUGGCAGACAUUGCCCAGUCUCAGCUCCGCACCCGCAAUGGCGCGGCCAGCCAGCCUUCACCUGCUGAAUCCUGACCUGCUCCGAACAGCCCUGUGUCAUAUCAUUACUGAUUUUUUUAUUUAUAACACUCAGCUGCCAGCCUCUGUCUGUCAGGUGAACAAAAGCCAUAUUUGAAUCACUUUACACUUUUAGAUAAACUCAAAUGUUUACUUGGGGAAAACAGUAUUGUCUGGCUGUAGUUCAGUUUUGUAUGUUGGUUUUGUAAAUAUUUAUGACCAGAGGGCUGAUUUGUAAAUAAGCUUAGUAUAAUUCUAUGGUCUAAUGGGUGUUUUUGUUAAAUAAAGCUUGAAUAAAAACAUUUGUUUACA